AUGCCCGCCGCCGACCGUGGCAAACCUCCCGAUGUCGCCGCUCCUCCAUCUUCAUCACUGUUGCCGCCCGCCGUCGCUCGCGUCCGCAGCGACGCCGCGUGGGACGGCCAGAGCAAGGGCAAAGGGCGAGCGUCGGACUGCGCCCAGUCGCACGAGCAGGCGUCGCUCGCGCGCAACGGCGCCCAGGUGCCACCUCCACCGCCUUCGCAGAACAGCGACUUGCACCAACCGCCCUCGACCACGUCCCAGCAGCAGCCCGACUCGCUGUCGACCCGUCGCCUCGGCGCACUCGGCAUCCCCCUACCCUCCGACAGCGGCUCCGAGAACGGCGACGUCAGCCCCUCGAGCACGUCGUCCAGUGGCUCGCUCGAGGCCAACCCGCCUGCUUCACCCGUCGUCCCUGUCUACCACGAGCCGCCAGAGCCGACUUACUCGCGCGGCGGCAGCACCAGGUCGGGGCCGAGUACGCGCAGCGGGACGCAGGACGGUGGCGCCUUCGUGUCGGAGCAGAGCUUCAGGGACAUUGUCGACGAUUUGACGCUGCAGAACCAGAAGCUCAAGGCGCGCCUCAAGCGCUUCGAGUCGGCGAGGGUCCCGAGCAACCUGCGCAACGAGCGCCUGUUCGAGGUCCGCUUCUUCGACGGUUUGCCCAAACAACGCCGUCGCGAGAUCGAGGGCUUCUUGACCGACUACGUCCAGACCCUGUCUACGACCGCCUCGUCGGGCGACCUCCUGAGCUCGUCCUCGCGCGUCAACGUCAGCGGCGACGUCAGCAACCACGACAACACCGAGUCGACGUCGUCGCUUGGCGCGACCCUGCGCUCGUUGCGCAGCUCGGAGCGCGAGGCGCUCGGCAAGGAGGCCCUGCUCGCCGCCGGCAGCGGGCCGAGCGCGGGCGCCGACCGGUCGGCGACGGGUUCGGGCAGCGCGUCGGGCAGCGGCGGGAGGGCGCAGAAGGUGUCGAGGGAGCGGAACGCUGCGACGAUCGAGCCGCUCGGCGCCACCUCUUCCCUUCCCCUCCCUGAUCCUCCCGCCCUCUUGCGCCGCCCGACCGACAUCUUUCCUCCCGAGCGCGACGUCCUCGCCGCCCCCUCGUUCUCGGGCGCCGAGCCGCUGUCGACGAUGGGCACGGGCAGCGGGAUGCGCAUCUCGGACCCGACGUCCAAGAAGCGCAAGCGCGCGCCCAACACGUCCGAGGAGGCGCCGAGCCCCGAGCGCGUGCCCCGUGCCCGCCGCACGGCGAGCUACGACGGCUCGACGAGCAGUCGAGACGGCACGCCCGACCCGGAGCGGCUCGAGUUCGUCAUCGUCGACAUGAUCGAGCGCCUCUUCUCCGAGUCGCUCCCGCUCGACGACCCCGACCACCCGCACCAGUCGAUCCCGUCGCCCAACCCGCUCCACACCGAACCGCACCCGCUCCCGGCCCAGUCGUCGACCAACACGGCGUACCUGCGCGCCAUGCUCGUCGCCGACGACGUCCAGGCCCGCGGCGGGUGGCUGUACCUCAACCUCGUGUCGACCAUGGCCGCCCUGCAUCGCCUCAACGUCAGCCUCGCCACGGUCCGCCACGCCCUGCGCACCAAGAGCACGCUCGUCGAGGUGAGCGCCGAGGGCAACAAGAUCCGGUGGAAGGGCCCGCGCACGAAGCCCGCGCCGCGCAUGCAGGACGCCGCCGCCGCCGACGCCAAGUCGACGUUCGGCAUGGGCGACAUGGAGGACAACGCGAUCGAGGCGACCCGCAUGCAGGGCGUCGAGGACGCCGAGCGCGAGCAGGAGCACCGCCGCCACGUCGUCGAGGGCGGCGGCCGAGGGUCGAGUCGCUCGAGCCGCUCGAGCAACGGCGUUCCCGACUCGAUGUUUGACGAGCGAGGCGGCGGCGCCCGGUCGGGCUCGGGCGCUCGUGUCGCCGGCGAGAGCGGGUCGGGCCGGCCGUCCAAGGGCUCGACGGCCCCGACGUCGCAGUACCCGUCGAUGGGCUCGAAGAACGGCUCGAGCUCGCAGGGCGACAAGCGCCUCUCGGUCGGCCACGCGCAGGCGGUGCUCGAGGCGCACGACACGGCCUCGAAGUGGUCGCCGCUCCCGCCGUCGACUCGCGCCGAGCUCGCCGCCGCCCCGCCGGCCCCGAGCGCGCUCCGCCACUCGGUCAACGAGCUGCACGAGGUGCCGGGCGCGUCGAGCGGCCAUGACGGCGCGCACGUCCUCGGCUCGUCCGUCCAGCCGGCCCCGAAGCACCUCCUGUACACGCCCCUCUUCGUCCGCCGCAACGACUCCGAGUCGGAGAAGGGCAGCAACGACGACGCCUCGGUCGCGUCUGACGUCUCGGCCGAGGACACGCGCCCGGCCAAGCGCCACAAGGAGGCCGGCGGCGUCGUCUACUUCGCCAACCCGCUCUUCUACUCGGACCUCGCCGGCGACUCGGGCGCGCGCAUGCAGGCGCUGCAGGACCGCAUGGGCGACAUGGUCGCGCCCGAGGCCGUCCUCGGCGCGCCGUCGAGCGCCGUCGCGAGCGGGUCAACCGCCCCCGACGCGGCGUCUCGGUCUCGAUCGAGCCUGACGCCUUUGAGCGAGCUCGGCACGCUCGACUCGCACUCGAUGAAGCUCGACGGCGUCCUCGAGUGCGCCCCGGCGUCGACGGCGGCCUCGGACGACGCCCGGUCGGCUGGGUCGGUCCUCGAGGGCGACCUCGCGUGGGACGCCAUCGAGGCGGUCGACAUCGCGCCGGCGGGCCCGUUGCCCGCGAAUCUCGAGGACCACGACGUCUUCCAGAUCACGCCGUACCCGAAUCUCCAGCUGUCGGGCACGAGCGACGACGUGACCGCCGCCGACCACUUUACGACCCACACCAAGCACCUGUACCCUCCCCUCCCUCCUCGUUCCCCUCGCCGCAUCUCGGCGCUGCCCAAGCGCCUGCACUCGUCAUCCGCAUCGAUCCUCCCGCCGCCACUCUCGGCGCGCAAGCACUAUCCCACCCUCGUCGCCUCGACUUGCAUUUCGUCUCUUACCCUGCACCACCACCCGUCGGUCUGCGUCCGGUUCCCUCGCCACCGCCUCCGCAUGUCGUCGACCGCCUCGAACUCGGACGAUGGCGACGACGUGCGGGGCAGCGCCUCGCCGACGUCGACCCAGAUCCGCCGCCUCGCCAACGCGCACAGCGGCCUGUCCGGCGCCGACUACCUCAUGUCGCUCGCGCUCCCGCUCAACAACUGGGCACCCGAGCUGCGACGCGGCGCGAGCACCGAGGAGCGCGACACGAGCGAGGCGUUCCGCACCGGCGACAGCGCAUCGCUCAUCACCCUUGAUUAGCCUCCCCUUUCCCUCCAUCUUGUUCCUCUCUUCCUUGGGCACCCGGGCAGGUGUUGUAGGACUCGCAUACCGUCUCGCUGUACCUUCUGCACUACACGCAUCUAUCUCUUUAUCU